AUGCCCCACGCUGUGUCCAUGCCCUCACCGGGCCUUCAGGCUUUGAUCCUUUGCGGUCCCGGAUCGUCGUUCCCGACCUUCACCUCGAACCCCGAUGAGAACCCCAAGGCCCUCUUGCCGAUCGCUAAUAGGCCUAUGGUCUGGUACCCCGUCGACUUCUGCUACCGCAUGGGCAUCACCAACAUCACUCUGAUCUGUCCCGCCUCUGCAGGGGAAGCCAUCACCACUGCCCUCAACACAAACCCGUACUUGACGGCACUUCCCCUCCCAAGGCCAGACAUUCUCGCCCCCAAGGACCUGGACCAGACCACGGGCACGGCUGAGAUUCUUCGUCUUCCUGAGGUCAAGGAACUCGUUACUUCCGACUUCGUCGUGCUCCCCUGUGAUCUCAUCUGUGAGAUUGCCGGUGAAAAGCUGCUACAAGCAUGGAUGGUGAAGGGCGCUAGCAUGUCGGAUCUCCUUAACGCACCAAAGUUCUCAACGGGCACUUCGAACCCAUUCAGUGGUGGACUCGGCGUUUGGUACGAGACCAAGACUGCGACGCCCGUCAAAGGAGAGGAGACGGACUUCAUUGCCGUCACUCCGUCGACCCCAUCCCAUGUCUCGCCCCCCAAAGGAUCGUUGCUGCCACACCUCUCGAACCUCGUCUACUCCAUGCCUACGGACUCUCUCAAGGAUCUCACUGAAGAGAGAAAAGGCCUUCCUGUCCGUCACGGUCUCAUGAGGAACCACCCACGGCUGAGAAUGCUCACCACCCACCGAGACGCCCACUUGUACAUCCUGCCGAGAUGGAUCAUGGAUUUUGUCGACAAGAACGAUCGCCUGGAGAACAUUGGUGAGGACGUCAUCGGCUGGUGGGCCAAGGCUGGCUGGCAGGCCGGCCUCGCCGAAAAACUCCAUCUGGACGAGGUCCUGCGCAAGGACGACGACGAGGACGACGACGAUUCCCUGCAGGAGAGCACGUCAUCGCCACAGGACGAAGAUCCCGAAGAACUUCGACCGUAUCGAGGCACGGAAGACGGCAGAUAUGCCGACUCUCGGCACUCGGACGACGCGAAAGCCCACGGAGCGGCGACCAGCGUACCUCCGAUGCUGGCCUACGUGCACCCUUCUCAGCCCGACGCACCCAUCAUCAGGCGCGUAGACACAGCCCAGCUCCUUCUGAACGUGUCAUUACAGCUGGCCAAGGUGCCGUCGGUGGAGGAGACGGGCGCUGAUGCGGCAUCCCCCUUUGCCCACGCCAAAAAGGUGGCAUACCCAGAGGGUGUAAAGGGUCGUACAACAAUCACCAAGGCCGACAGCCUUGUCGGCGAGAACGUCACGGUGGAGGAAAAGGUCUCCGUCAAGGAGUCCGUCGUCGGCGCCGGCUGCCAGCUGAACGAGGGAGCCAAGCUGUCCCAGUGCCUGCUGAUGGAGGGUGCCGUGGUAGGCAAGAAUUGCAAGCUCACGAGAUGCAUCCUCGGCAAGAGGUGUGUCAUUGGGGAUAACUCGGUCUUAACAAACGUCGAAGUCCAAGAGAACCUGCUUGUCGAAGCCAAGACCGAGGAGAAGGACACGAAGCUGAUGAGCUCUGACGGUUUGGAAGCCACCGAAGAGGAGAUGCAGGGAGUACUGGAAGACAUGGACAACGAGAUCAUGGCCCAGAACGAGGAGGCGGUAGAAUAA